AUGGCGUCUCAUCAAACUACUCAAACUACUGUUUAUACCAAGGACAACGAAGUUUAUUCAACCAACAUUUGUCAAGAAGCGUCUAACGAAGAAUGUCAGAAUGUAUUGGAAAUUCAAGAAAUGCAUGUUCAAAAACCUAAAACGACUCAUAAUUUUUUUCGGAAUAAGACUUUUAAACAACAUUUUAUCCCCCUGCACCAAAAUGCUACGGGAAAAGAAAGCGAAAAACUACGAAUGUGGCAAGCCUGUAUUCCUCAGUGGAAUUUUCGCCAAAGCGUUGGAAGAAGAGAAAAUGAAAAAUUACUCAUAAUUCUCGCUGUCACGAUUAUUCAAACUGGUUCACUCGAUUUUAGAUUAUACGGGUGA